AGGCCCUUUCUGCCCGGGGGUGCUGCCGGCCCGCGGCUCCGGCGCUCUGAGGGCGCAGGGUCCGUCACGGCCUCCUCCCGCCCCGCACACCCGUGGGACCGCGGCGCCCGGCCGGAUCCGGUCUCUGAGGGCACCGGGCCCGCCCCGGCUUCCCUCAGGCCCUUCCCACCGCCGUCCCGUGUCUCCCGGCUCACCCGGGGCUCUGAGGCCGCUCGGGCUCUGAGCAUGCGGCGGCCCCGGCUCCGCCCCGGCCGGGACAGCGCUGAGGCCGCCUGGGCGUCAUGGAGCGGCUCGGGGAGCGGCUCGGGGGGCGCGGGGCGGCCCGGCUGGACACCGUCCUGCGGCACCUCUCCCCGCGGCCGGCAGCGGCCCCGGCUCCUAUAAGCAUUCCUACUUCAGCCCAAGUCAGUGUUGUUCCUCAUUCAGGGAGGUUUUGCUACACCCUGGACAACGAUCUGCUGACCACAGAGCAGAGGCAGUUCUAUGAAGACAAUGGGUACCUGCUCAUCAAGAACCUCGUUUCUGACGAGGACAUUGAGCGCUUCAGGAAGGAGUUCACGAGGAUCUGUAGAAGAGAGGUGAAGCCACCAGGAAUUAUGAUUAUGAAAGAUGAGUCCCUGAGAUCCCAGUUUGGUCAGUCUGAAAAUGUGGUUAAUAAAGUGCAGGACUUCCAGGAAGAUGAAGAGCUGUUCAGAUACUGCACUCUGCCAGAGGUCCUCAAAUAUGUUGAGUGCUUCACAGGGCCAAACAUCAUGGCAAUGCACACCAUGCUGAUAAACAAACUUCCAGAUUCUGACAAGCAGACCUUUCUGCACCCCAUGCAUCAGGACCUGCACUAUUUCCCGUUCCGGCCGGCGUCCCGCAUCGUGUGCGCCUGGACUGCCAUGGAGAGGGCUCACCAGGACAACGGCUGCCUGGUCGUGCAGCCAGGAACACACAAGACAGCCCUGAAGCCUCAUGGUUAUCCAGAGUGGGAGGGUAAAACCAACAGACUUUUCCAUGGGCUGCUUGAUGAGGAGGAGAAGAUUCCCAAGGUUCACCUUGUCAUGGAGAAGGGAGACACAGUGUUUUUCCAUCCCCUGCUCAUUCAUGGCUCUGGGAUAAACAGGACAUCAGGUUUUCGAAAGAGCAUCAGCUGCCACUUCGCCAGCUCAGAGUGUCACUACAUUGAUGUCAAGAACACAACUCAGGAGCACCUGGAGAAGGAGCUGCAGGAAAUGGUUUGCAAGAAAUACAAUGUAGCUUCUGUGGAUCUCAAGGAUAUGUGGAACUUUAGAGCACGGCUUGUGCAAGGAGAAAGAAUCAACCUGUAGAAGACCCUGUGCAGAGCAGGAUGGAUCACAUGGGCCUGAGAAUGAGCUUCUCUGAGGGAAGAACACAGACCCUGCCUGGGCAGGCAGAAUUCCCUUUAUUGACCUCUGUAAUGGUAACUUAGCCAAAUGCUCCACUGCAAAAUCGUUCUAUGCUAAUUCAUAAUAAUUGCACUGGGCUUGGACAGCUGAUGUAUGUCAAAGGAAACUUAACCUAGAAAAACAGAUUUGCUGCAGGUGUCUUAGACAAUCGAAGAAUCAAAGUCUUGAAAGAACACCUUGAUUUUCUUGGUGUUUUCAUUCUUGUUUCUUAAAAGUUUUUAACAUGACACACCUUUAGAAUGAUGCUAUACCAACAUAAGAUUUUAUGCAAGAAUUUCCAGUAUUUCCAACUUCCUUUCCCGUGCCAAAAAAAAAAGAAAAAAAAAAGUUUCAGACAAGCCCUCAGUGAUAUGGGGAGUUACUAGUGUAGCUGAUGAAGAAGUGGGUGUUAGCACCAGCAGAAUCAAUGGUGUAAGGAAGUGGCUAAAGAGAAAACAGCAGCCACUCACAGAGAAAAAUGGGAUUUAUGGGCAGGAAUAUGAUUGCUGGUAGAGUUCCUCAAGCAUGGCUUGGCAUGGCAUCAUACCUGACCAGGCAGCUCUGGCACAGGUGAAAUAGGAGUCUGACAGUGUUGGGAGCUACUGGGCCAACAAAGCAGCCUCCCACUGGCCUUGCACAACUGAUCCAAGGCUGUGUGAAGUGGGGGAAUCCUUUGAGUCUGGCAGGUCUGGGAUAAGGAGCCUUUUGCUGCUGCCAGGUUGAGGAAGUGUUUGGAUGCUCCCCGGGGUGCAGUGGUGGCAGGGUGGAGUGAUGCACACUGAAAUGAUCCUCUUGCCUUUGACAGUGUUUUUCCUUGCUUUCUGAAAGAUUCUUUUGCUUUCAGAAUAUAUUUUUUGAAAUAAAGAAUAAACCAGAGCAAAACUGCA